AUGGCAGCGAACUGUAUCAGGUUCUUCACGUGCCUCAUCCUCCUGUCUGUCAUCUACAUCUUCUCGAUUGCCUUGACGCAACUCUCAGAAGGAACGCCUCUGGGCACGGCCUACUUCCCGACUCUUGUCGAUGGAAUGUUCUCGCUGCUGUUCCACGCCUGCUUCUUUCAGGGUCUUCCCGAUUUGGCCCGCUUGUGCUUUCAGGAAAAUUUUCUCUAUGGUCUAUCUCUUCUGGUCUUUGUUGUUCUUGCACCGCUGACUGUCAUGAACCUGAUUGUUGGGGUGCUGGUUGAGGUGGUCGGUGUCGUGGCUGCAGCAGAGCAGGAGGCCUCUACGCGGAACGCCAUCUUCGAAGCUCUGCAGGAGGCGCUGGAACGACUUGGGCCGAGGAAGAAGGAGGACGUCAUCGCCAGGGGCGAAUUUGCAGCUUUGGUGAAUCGUCCGGACCUCGUCGGCAUCUUUCUGGAGUCGGGCAUCGAUGUCGUGGCCAUUCUCCGGGAUCCGGACAUGGUGUUUGCAGGAGAAGCGGAGAUGAGCAUUACCGAGUUCCUCGAAGAGACGAUCGCUUUGCGAGGCUCCAACCCAGCCACGGUGAGAGACCUCGGGCAGCUCAAGCUUCAGAUCCUUCGAGAAAUGCGAACACGCGGUCGGCCACCCAUGCCGAUGUCCAGGUAG